AUGAGUUAUUACGACAUAGAUGAUAUCCUAGCUGACUCAGAAAAAUUACCAUGUCAAUUCAACCAUACAAUCCCCGGGUUAGGUUACUUGGAAGGAAAUCCGGGAAAAUCAAUAAAAUCUCAAACUAAAAUUGAAUUACCAUUUUGGUUAGCUGAAAUAUUAUCAAUUUUAGAAAUUAAAACGUCAACUGAUGUAACGACUUUUAUAUCAUUAAUAGAUCCUGAUUUUUUAAAUGAAAAAGUUAUAAAUGCUAUAAAAUCUGAUCCAGAAUCAUUAAAUUUACAUAAAUUAUCAUCACAAUAUUAUAAAAUGAUUGAAAAAUGGGGGAAAUUAUUUAAUGAACCACAACUUAUUGAAAUAGUUAUGGAAAUGCUUAAAAGUAGAGCUUUUAAAAUUAAUAAUUUUGCUAAUAAUUUUCAUCAAAAACAUUUUAAUAAUGAAUUAUUGUAUAACUUAGAUGAAUUUGAAAAAAAAAUAUUUAAAGAUUCUACUGAAAGUAAUAAAUUGAUGAGAAUUUGGUUGAAAGAAUAG